UUACAGGGGACCUAAAGGAGGAAAGUCUACUGUUCCUCUGGCUACUUGCUUCCAACCGAGCCCCUUGUGAUGGCAGUAUGAACAGGUCAGGCUUAUUAAGUAAGGCAGGUUUGAUGAGGCUGUUGUCUUCAGAUGAAUUGUGGAGUUUAGGACGGAAGAGAAACCAAGUGGAACUCGUCCCAGCAGAGCAGCACAUUCUACAAAUCUCAGAAUCAAAUCAUCCUCCAUCCAGUCCCUCUCACAGGUAUAGCCAACAAAACCAGGCUCUACUUCGCCUUAUAAGUCCAGAAAGAAUAUUCAAGACGGACAGUGGGAACACUCCAUGCCAGCGAGACUCUGUGAAGACUUUGAAAUCAGGAUCUAAAAGUGAUGAACAAGAGACUCAUCACAAGGUACAAGGGUUUUAUGAGGAUGCCUGCACACUCAAGAUUAAUGAGGCCUGCAAUGAAGAAGUGCUGGCAAUACUACAACACCCAACUGAAAGACCCCUGAAGCCCGAAUUAAAAAUAAAACAUUUACCAUUUAGCCAUGAGUUUGAUCCAGAUUCAGAAAGGACCACUAUAGAUUCUAGUUUGUCAUCUAACACAAAAGAGGAUCUGCUAUUUGACUCUAAGAGUGGUCAUUUUAAACCUAAAAGGCAAGAUAGCAUAAAGAAGACAAGAGUAGUUCAUGGCAGUCCCACACCAGAAAUAACCACUCUUAAUGUGCAGAACAAUCAGAGAUUGCAAAGUGUGCUGCCAUUAAACAACAACCUCUGUGACAAGGAUGCUGGGGGGCAGUGGAAAUGUUCAUUUUCAAACCCUAAAACCGAUAAAACUUGUACAGACUUGUACUUUCUUGAAGUAGAAUCUCUUGCCGGUUUAAAUGAGACAGUCACAGACAACCCAAUAAUUGAAAACCUGAUCCUGGAAGCAGGAGGUGCUGAUUUAAGACAGACUCAGAACAGUCUAUCUUGUGAUGUCAGUCAGUCUGAAAUAGAUAAAAUGUCAGAGGCAAUUUCAUUUCAGAGUGAAGCACUCACUUGGUCUGAAGAAGAGCGAGACUGUCUCAAUGAGGAGAAGACUGAAUCAAGCAUUUGCUCUUUAGUCUAUGUAGAAAAGUUAAUUGUGGUUCCAGACAUUUUUCAGCAUCAGCUUUAUUUGAACAAUAAACCUGCUGAAGGAUGCAAUACAUCACCAUGUUAUGAAAGGCAAACGACUGCAGAGUCCACCCUUUCAGAGAUUUUCUCUCCUGUAGAUGAGGUCUUCUCAUACGGUAGUGAAGAACUUCCUCCCUUGGUUAAAGGAGGGAUCAGGUCAAGUCUAGACAGCUACAGUUAUCCUCCUCCCCCACCUGCCUUUGAAAUAAUUACAUGGACCAGUGAGGAGGAACUGCCAGCUCCACCUGAUUGUGAGGAAGAUCUCUCCAUUAACAGCGAGAACCUCCCACCUCUCCCUGUGGACUUAUCUCACAGGAGAAGAGAGUCUCAAAGUCUAGCCUCUAACAGUCUGAGGGCAAAGGAAGUAAACAAUGGCUAUCCUAAUGGAGAUCUUUGUAAAACCCUCCCCCUAACAUUGAACAUAUGUGAGGACAUGGAGAAUGAUUGCUCACUUUCUGAAGAUAUGAAUGAAAUCUCAGAUCCUUUAUCCUCCUUUCAGAUUGGAGACAGAGUUCUUGUAUGUAACUUCAGACCUGGUGUGCUGAAAUAUAAAGGGCUCACAGCAUUUGGAGAUGGCUUUUGGGCAGGUGUGGCAUUGGACACUCCUGAUGGAAACCACAAUGGAACCUUCAGAGGUGUGAAGUAUUUUUGUUGUGAUAUGAACCAUGGUGUGCUGGUCAGGGCAGAGGACAUCUCUCACAUACACAGAGAACAUGCCAGUGAUAUAGACACUGGGGUGGAUGAAGUUCCCUUCUCAGAUGAGGAGCUACCUAGCGCACAGAAAUAUAUGAAACAGAAAGACACAAUAUCAGCAGGAGGACAAGGAGGACAUACAAAUUGUCAGUGUCCUCCUAGAUAUGAUUCCAUAAUGCCAAAAAACUCACCUCAAAAAGAAUCACAAGGGGAUAUGUUCGAUGGAGCAAGAGACCUCUCACAUCCUUUAGAAAUGCCUUCACCUAAAGACAUCAGAAAUGGUGAAGAAAGUUAUUUCAUGCCAUGUCUCUUAGAGCAGUGGCAUCAGGGCAAACCCAUCCUGCCACCAUAUAUAAAGGUACCACCCCAUGAAGACGGCAUCAUAUACAGAUUAGUGGAUGUUGCAAUGGAUAUACUAUGUGGCCAAGCAAAUGAUAAUGCUCUUGAAUUUUAUGAAACACCAAGCUAUCUUUUAGAUGAUGACAGUCGCAAACAUUAUAGACGGGUGAUCUUUCAGUUAACAUCUGAUGUACUUCAUGAGGUUUUGGGUGAUCUGUUAAGGACAAAACAAUCUGCUCAGAAUACUGAUAAUGAAUCUGUGAUCUCAGCUUUGAAGUCAAGGAAAAUUUCUGUCACAUUUUUGAAGGCAUCAGUAAGAAAAGAGAUACAGAAAAUCCUUUAUUUAGAGCGAAGUGAACAACAGAUGAAAGAGAUGCUUCAAAAAUGUUGCAAAUACUGGUAUGCCAAGAGAGACAGAGUGGACUAUAUUCUGGUGUGUACUUUAUAG